CGCAGGCGUAGAGCGCUCGGAGCGAAGUCCUGCGUUGGCCAGACCCCUCCAUGGAUCCGGUCAAGUCCCCACAAGGCUCUGCUUGUGAGCCACCUCCUGACGUGGACACCGAUGACUGUCUCCAGGACUAUUCCUAUCUUUACAGCCCAGACAUCCUCAAGGGCAAAGUGGCGUUCGUCACUGGAGGCGGCUCUGGGAUCGGAUUCCGCAUCACAGAGAUCCUGAUGAGGCAUGGCUGCCAGACCGUCAUUGCAAGCAGGAACCUGCAGAAACUGACAGAGUCUGCCAAAAAACUGUCAGCAGCCACUGGCCAGCGAUGCUUACCCCUCUGUCUAGAUGUCAGGCAACCCCAGUCAAUCCAGUCAGCUGUGGACGAAGCCCUAAAAGAGUUCUCGAGGAUUGAUAUCCUUGUUAACAAUGCAGCUGGAAACUUUCUCUGCCCGGCGAGCUCCCUCUCGUUCAACGCCUACAAAACGGUGAUCGACAUAGAUACCUUGGGCACAUUCAACGUCUCCAAAGUCGUGUAUGACAAGUGGCUCCGGGACCACGGUGGAGUCAUUGUGAAUAUCACUGCGACGCUCAGCUACAGAGGCCACGUUCUCCAGGUCCACGCUGGAACAGCGAAGGCAGCUGUAGAUGCAAUGACCAAGCAUCUGGCUGUCGAAUGGGGACCCAACCGAAUCCGAGUGAACAGCCUGGCACCGGGCCCCAUUAGUGGCACAGAGGGCUACCGGCGUUUGGGUGGGCAUCACGCGGAGGCCAGUGGCUUCCACCACACCAUCCCUCUCCUACGAACCGGGAAUAAGACGGAGAUUGCCCAUGGCGUGUUGUACCUAGCAAGUCCUUUGGCAUCCUAUGUGACUGGCACGACCCUGGUGGUGGAUGGGGGGAGCUGGUUGACCUCUCCAAACGACUUUCACUCUCUGUUGGGUACUGCCUCACACUCUUCUAAGCUCUAGAUGUCUGGGCCACAGACCGAAAGAAAGAUAAAUGAACCUGGAGUUCAGGAUUUACCAACAGGAUGCCACGGUUUAGAUCCUUUUCCAGAAAUGUCGAUACGGGGCCAUUGUGGGCAGUCCCGGCCCUUUUCCUCCCUGCAAGGUGGUUUGGGCAGCAGUGGAAAUGGCAGUAUUUAAGAACGUGCCUCUUAGAGCUCAGCUACGUCUUAGAAUAUCUUUAGUAUUGAUUUUGCAAACAAUAGCUUCAGGGAUUGCUUUAUCAUGAAGGAGAAUUCCCUCCCUGUUGUUUUCUGGCAAGAAAAAAUGUCUUUCCUGACCUUUUGUACCUCAGCUGGAAAAAGAAAUCUAGGUAGUCAUGUGUUUUCUCCAGCAGGGUAAAGCAGCUCAGGGGGCAGGCCUGGUUCUUAACAGUGAAGUACCUGCUUUGCCUGCAGAAUGUCCGAGGCUUAAAAGGAUCAGGUAGUAAGUGGUGUGAAACACCUCCACCUGAGAUCCUGGACAGCCAGGGCAGUUUCAGGUGUUCAAGUUAGGGGUGCUUUUUUUCCAUGAGAAAACAGCAGGAGAGGAAAUUAUUAGUCAUCCAUUCCACUCACCCCCACCCAUGCUGUUAACCUCCUCGAGAAAGCAAUCCUGGAAGCUGCAUUUGGAAAAGUUGUUUAAAACUAUUUACAGAAGAAAAUCAUAAGGUUGGUUGAAACCCUUAGGGUUGUGGGAAAUGAAUGGAGGGACUAGGAAGUUAUGGGAUGUGAAUGUUCUUGCUCGCCAGCUUUGUCCUAUUUGGGAUUGCCACAAGAUAUCCAGGAUGGAAGCCCAGAAGAACAGUUGUGGCUUACUCUAGACAGCAGUCACUAGAAGUACCUUUAGUUUGGCUUAAAAUAUUUGCAAAUUUUUGUGGCCUGUUAUCUUGUCUCCCAAGUUCUCCACUCGGGCCUUUCUCAAGGAAAGGUUGUGCACAUGUGUUAAUGUCUACCCACCUACCUGAAUUUUGUUAACCUCUAAUCUUUGUGGGUCUGAAUCAACUAGUAUGAUUUUGCACUUUCUCCAGUGAUCUUUUCCCCCCCAUUAGUAACACAGCAGCUGCGGAGGGGGGGAAGCUGUCCAUAUGCAGAUUCUCUGUUUUCUGUCUAAUAAAUUCCUUUUGAAAUA